ACUUAUUAUAAGGAGGCUUUAUUCCUUCGUAAGUUAAAUUUGCCCAAACGAUAAGGAGCUUUGUAAACCUUUCAACUUCCAUAGUGUUCACCUGCCCUUUUUCACAUUAUUAAUAGAGCAAUUGAGCCUUGAACUGUCUUUACCGGUUUCUCUAAACAUAAAAAACUGUUGGUCGUAGAGACGUCCUUUGUUACCAAUUUUUUGGAACAUGUUUACCGAAAAUCCCAGCCGAGGAAGUAGUCAGGAGCGUGAAAGCAUCUUGCAUUCGAGGAAUGAUGCGUCGUUUGUUUCUUAUGCAUCGUUUUCAGACAAUCAAAAAAAGUCUGACAAUGUCAAUGUUACAUCUCACAGUCAAUCUUAUGGAGAUGUUAGUAGCGUAGACAAAGGAAAAACAUCUGGUACUGCAGUUUGGAAAGUACUUCCUGCACUUUUAUUAGGUGUCAUUUUGUCUGCUCUGGAUAAUACCAUUGUGGCUUCCACAUAUACUAAGAUCGGUGCUGAAUUUGGAAAGUUCAAUGAAAUCUCUUGGGCUGCUACUUCAUACAUGAUAGCAUGUACAGCCUUCCAACCUUUAUUCGGACGAUUUUGUGAAAUAUAUGGAAGAAAAUCAACUCUUCUAUUUGCUUAUUGUGUCUUUGGACUUGGUUGCUUAUUCUGCGGCUUAUCUCAAUCGUUAUAUCAACUCGUAGCUGCUCGUGCUAUUGCAGGUAUCGGCGGAGGUGGCAUGAACUCUACAGUUACGAUUUUAAUGAGUGACCUUGUACCUUUAAAGCAGCGUGGAACAUAUCAAGGUAUUAUAAAUGUGUUUUUUGCGGUUGGUUCUAGUUUGGGUGGUCCUAUAGGUGGAUUUUUCGCUGAUCAAUUCACUUGGAGAUUGGGAUUCUUCAUUCAAGUACCCCUGCUGGUAGCAGCAUUCCUUACUGUCACUUUCUUUCUUCAUCUUCCAUAUCAAAAUCGAGAAAGCUUCACUGAAAAGUUUUCGAGAAUCGAUUGGUUGGGUCUUCUUCUGUUAAUCUCAGGUGUCUUUAAUAUGACUUUUGCUUUAACUCUCGGAGGAAACACUCGAGCAUGGUCAGAUUUUUUAGUUGGGACUCUCAUUGCAGGAUCGCUUGUCUCCUAUGUCGCUUUUAUUUAUGUUGAAACUUACGUUGCCGAAGAACCAUUAGCCCCUAUAACUGUGCUGAAAGAUAGAACAUGUUUGUCUGCCUAUCUUUGUAAUUUCUUUCAAAGUUUGUCUCAACUUAGCUGGAUUUACUCUUUACCAAUCUAUUAUCAAGCGGUCAUGAAUCAAAGUACCGAAAAAUCUGGCGCCUGGUUGAUCCCAAUGAUUGUAGGUUCAAGUGUUGGUUCUUUGCUUGGCGGAAUUGUGAUAAAUAUGACUGGAAAUUACAAGAGAAUUACAGUUAUCAGCUACUUUGUUGCAUUCGUCGGGGCUUUGUGUAUGUUACGAUAUGGUUUAAACACACAUGUUUGGGAAUAUAUUUUAUAUCCUGCUCUAGGAGGUUUAGGAACUGGUAUUUCUAUAACGACUACAUUAGUUGCUAUUAUCCAUGCAUCCCCUCCCUCCUUGCAAGCUUCUGCCAUUGCUACAUCUUACUUGUUCCGAUCCAACGGAUGCGUUCUCGGUGUCUCUGUUUCAUCGUCCAUUAUUCAGACUUCUUUGAAAAAUCAGUUAAGGAAGUACUUUGAUUAUGGACUGGACGAACUCGUUCACCAACUGCAAAAAGAUAUCUCAUUUGUUCAUACUCUUCCUGAGCAAAUCCGAAAUAUUGUCAUCCGUGCGCUUUUAACAAGUGUUCACUACACCUUUUUGUUUACGUCUAUUUCAUUUUUUGUUGCAUUAUUAAUCUCUUUGUUCAUACGCAGUCAACAAAUCUAGUCCCGAAAUAUUACUAGUUAUACCGUUGUUGUUUGCCUUAUUUCACCUUCAAUUUUGCCCCUGUAUUGCCUUAUAAUUUGCUUAGCUUAAUUUUCUGGGUGUUGCUUCUUUGCUAAUCGUCUAUUUCCUAUUGUUAUUUUUCCACCCUAAAGUAUGAAAUUAUUAAUAAUAUCUUCUGAAAACAAUUAUACGCUCGCAUAGCCGAAACACAGGGUUCUGAAACUUCUUACCGAAGCAAAAAAACCAAAACCAAUGAUUCAAUGUUUAUU